AGGUAAAGCUCCGCAAUGAAAUGAAUCUUCGCUUGAAGGCUGAUGCUUCGACAGCUUCAGCUGAAGAGAAAGCAAGUACUUUCGAGAGAAAACUGAGCAAUCUUUCCGAAAGCAUAGAGAAGGAGAAAAAACGUCUCCACAAUGAGAUUGAAUUGCUGAAAAGAGAUUCAAAACUUUCUGUUUCUAGAAUAAGUGCAGAUCUUGAAAGGAUGGAAUGCAGAGCUAUCAAUGCUGAGGAAGAAUCAGGCCUUUUAAAAGAGCAACUGGAAGAUCUUAAGAAGCAACUCACUGAGUGCAUGCAUCAGAAGAGUGCAGUGGAGAAGAAAUUAUCAAGCUUCACAUUUCAAGAAGCUUCUUCUACUGAUAGUAAUAUUUUGGUGAAACAUUUGCAAGAAGAGCUUAGGAACUACGAAUCCGAAGUCAGAGAGGCAAGGAAGUUGAGAUCAUCUCGUGAAAACAUUGAGUUAUUGAAGGAGAAAUUAUUGGAAGAGAAGGGCCGCAGAGAGAGGGCAGAGGGAGAGUUAUCUAAAUUACAUGAAUUCCAGAUGAGUAUGAAGAAGCUGGAGGAUGAAUUGUCAUCUUGGAAGUUGAUGAUCAAAGAAAUUCCUGGUGUGUCAUGUUCCGAGGAUAUACCAGUUAAAUUUGCAGCAUUACAAAAAGAGGUGAUCGAUUGCAUGAUGAAGGAGGGAGAUGCAAAUGCCCGCUUAAAACAAAUGGAGGUGGCUCUUGAUGCUGCGCAAAGUGGAAAGCACGCUGCUGAAACUGAGGCUGCAUUUGCCAAAGAGAAGGCAGAAGAAUCAAAAUCAGAGGUUAAGCGGAUUGAAGUGAUGCUUUCCAUGAUUACUGAAGAAAGAGAUAAAUUGAGAGAUCUUGCCAAUGAAUUCAAGAGGCUAAAGAACGAUGAGUCAGGAGAUGAAACAGUCAAUGGGACGCUUAUUCAGGAGCUUGAAUCAUCUCUUGCAAAGAAAGAAUCAUGUAUUAAAGGACUAGAGAGUAGUUUACAUGAACAGAAGAAAGUCAAUACUCGUCAAUCUGAGGAGAUAAAGUUGCUCAAUGAGAGGUUAAAUAACGAGGCAAGAAGAAUAAAGUCACUGGAGAGAGAGAGUGAUCGGCUUCGUUCAGAGAUUUCCCUAUUGGAGUCAAAGUUGGGUCAUGGUGAUUAUUCUUCUGCAAAUACAAAAGUCUUGAGGAUGGUAAAUACUCUUGCAGUUGAUAAUGAGGCUAAACAAACCAUAGAGGCAUUACAGACUGAGUUACAGAAGACAAAGGAGAAGUUACAAGCUGUUGAAGAAUUGAGAAGUCAGUCAGGUGAUGCUGGGAAACUGGUGGAUUCCUACAUAUCUGGGAAGGUAGCACAGUUAAAAGAACAAAUUGCGACUCUUGAAAAACGUGAAGAGAGAUACAAGACUGUUUUUGCCGAUAGGAUUUCAGUUUUCAGGAGGGCAUGUUGUGAACUUUUUGGUUACAAGAUUGUAAUGGAUGAACAUCAGCGUGCUAAUGGAAUACCAGUCACACAUUUUACUCUCCAGUCUAUAUAUGCACAAGGCGAUGAUGAGAAACUUGAAUUUGAAUAUGAAUCGGGGAAUACAAUCAUUUUGGCGAAUGAUUACACCUCUCAGCCUGAGAUAUCCCAUCAGGUGGACAUAUUUAUUCGGAAGUUGAACUCGAUUCCAGCUUUCACUGCCAACUUAACAGUGGAGUCUUUUAACAGACGAACCCUAUCUUAAGAAGUUUUUUGGCCCAAAUCUGGAACUUUAGAUCUCUCCUGCAGAUGAAUCGCCAGACUUGUAGAUUUUGCUACCUAGUCAUAUCUUUGUCUAGGUCAUUCAACAUAUCCCAGAACAAUCCCACAUACAUGUAUGUUUGACUAAAGUUUGGUACGAUGAAAUAAAUCGAUCAUGGGUUUUGCUUCAUCUGCUUGUAUUCUUAUGAAGUAUGCAUCCUAUCGACUUCAUGGCAUAAAAUUCGGUGAGAAUUCACGUAGGCAGUUGAUAAAUUGUAAAUAACCUCUUGACCAUUCAGGUGGACGCAUAAUUUUCCAAGUGUUGUAACGGUGGUAUAUGCUUUGUGUCA